CAACGGCGCUGAAACCCGGUUUUCAGCGGCAUGUUGGCGGAAGAGGCAGCAGCUAAACUCUGUUAGCUACGAUGCUAGCCUGUGACUAGCAUGAAGAUAACCGUUUGAUCCCCGAAAAAAACAGUCAUGAGAGGCUCCUUAUAAACAAACCUUAACUCUCAGGUGACCGACGAUGACUAUGAACGUGUACUCCACCUCAGUGACCAGUGACAACCAGUGAAUGCUGCAGAUCACAACAUGGACUCCAGUGGGAAACCCUCAACAGCGCAGAUCGUGGUUUUGGCCACCAGCUCAGCCCUGACCGCACUCUUCUACUCCAUUUACAAGAACCGAGCAACGACCGUCGCCAGAUUAAAGGAAGCCAAAAAAGUCUCCAUUGACCAGGAUUUGAAAAACCUCCUGUCUGAAACUCCGGGACGAUGUGUCCCGUAUGCUGUUAUAGAAGGUGUCGUGAGAUCUGUGAAGGAAACUCUCAGCAGCCAGUUUGUCGAUAACUGCAAAGGUGUGAUUGAACGACUGACCUUGAAAGAGGAAAAGAUGGUGUGGAAUCGCACCACUCAUCUCUGGAACAACACAGAGAAAAUCAUCCACCAGCGCACCAACACUGUUCCGUUCGCCCUGGGCUCUCACGAUGACGAUAUCGCUGCCACAGUGCGAGUAAUUCGUCCACUCGACGCUGCGGAGUUGGAUCUGGAGACAACCUACGAGAACUUCCAUCCAACAGUCCAGUCCUUGUCCAACGUCAUCGGUCACUUCAUCAGCGGGGAGCGACCCAAGGGCAUCCACGAAACGGAGGAAAUGCUGCGUCUUGAAGACAGCGUCACAGGUGUGGGAGAGCUGGUCCUGGAUAACAACCUGAUCAAGCUCCAGCCUCCCAAACAGGGCUUCCAGUAUUUUCUCACUCGGCUGGACUACGACUCUCUCCUCAGAAAGCAGGGGAGCAGCGUCAGACUGUGGAGGAUUCUGACUGUCGUCUUUGGCGUCGCCGCUUGUUCCACGCUCCUCUUCAUCCUGUGGAAGCGGUACGUGCACCACAGAGAGAGCCGGAAGGAGAGAAGAACGCUGGAGGAGUUCAAGGAGCAGCAGAAGAAACGCAUGCGUGAACUUAACGUAGAGGAAAGCAGCGUGUCUCCCACCAGCUGUACAGUCUGCCUGACCCGCGAACGAUCCUGCGUGUUUCUAGAGUGUGGUCACGUGUGUGCCUGUGCUCAGUGCCAUGACGCCCUGCCGGAGCCAAAGAAAUGCCCCAUCUGCAGGGCGACCAUAGACAGAGUGGUGCCUCUUUACAACAGCUAAUGUGGAGCUGCAGAAAUGUGUAAUAAAUCACACAGGAUGUCUGCUCGGUCAUUAUAACACCGGAGAUGCGGCAUCUUAUUCGAAAGCUCUGAAAAGUUUCAUAUUUGCACUUUUUGUUGCACUUUUCAGCUUUUUCUGACUGCCAUGGAUAAAUAGAUAUCGGUGCUGAAUCAUGAUGCAAUCCCAUUUCCCAUAAAAUGUGCAAAUCAAAUUUGGAACCUGCAAAAUUAGAGAAAAUUAAAUUCCUUCUUUCGUUUUUAGAGAGAAAAUUAGAUUUCUUUUUGCUUAGACACUGAUAAAUAUUGAUGAAACAAAUUUUGGCCCUGCAUCCCGACAACAGUUUAUCUUAGAAGUUUACAAAGAGUCUCUACAAAAAUUCAUGAGACAGCACUAAAGAGGGAGUGCACCCAUACAAAGUCAAGACCUAUUUUAAAAUACGGUACAUCAAUAAAGCCUAAAUGUUGUAUGGCAUAACAGAAAUAUUUAACAUUUGGAAUAAUUCAUGAUGAAAACAAAACAAUGUGCAGCCAAGCUUUGUAGUGAUUCAUGUUACUAGGUCGAAGUUAAGGAAGGUAAAUUCUGCUGCUGCUUCAGUUUGUUUUUGUUUUUUUUUAAGUUCACGUUGAACCUCAAAUAAAGAGCGUGCAAUUUCUGUAAGUCUUGAGCAGGCCCAAAUUAAUUCUGCCUGCAGAAUUCCUCUGCAGAUAAAAUAAAAAUGUAUCUUGAA